GAUGCGUGGAACUUACCCUCUUUUGUGAGAGGAUAUCUAUUUAGAUGAUGAUAACGCUGAAAACAUAUAGUUUACAUUAGUCCAUUUAAAAAUAUAGAUAUUUUUUGAGUGCAUUUAAAUUUUGUCUUCUGUUUUAAUUUCUCCGUCUACAUAUAUUGGCUGGGGGUUAAUAGUAUUUUUUACGGUCAUCCCUGAAGCACGAAAUCAUGUUCAGAAAUGACACAGAGAAAACUCAACUGGUCACGGAGAAAGGCACCAUGUAUAGCAUCACCAUGGAAAGUGUGUCCACAGAUGGGAUAAUGCAGAAGGAGAAGGACAGCAACAUCAAGCAUUGCCAUGACAACAGCCAAGCUACGGAAGACAGGGAGCGGGAGAAGCAGUUGGCCAGGAAGAGGCUCUACGUGGUCUCGGCUGUCUGCUUGGUCUUCAUGAUCGGAGAGAUCCUGGGUGGAUACUUUGCGGGGAGUCUGGCGGUGAUGACAGACGCCGCCCACCUGCUGGUAGACUUCGCCAGCUUCAUCAUCAGCCUGGUGUCUCUGUGGCUCUCGUCCAGACCCGCCACACGCACACUCAGCUAUGGCUGGCAUCGUGCAGAGAUCUUGGGUGCUCUCCUCUCGGUGGUGACCAUCUGGCUGGUGACAGGUGUGCUGGUUUACCUGGCUGUGCAGCGCCUCAUCAGCGAUAAUUAUGAGAUCGAGGGGACCAUCAUGCUCAUUACUUCAGGCUGCGCUGUGCUGGCAAACAUCAUUAUGGCUUUCACCCUGCACCAGUCUGGGCAUGGGCACAGCCACGGGGGCCUCAGCAGUGGGCACGGCCACAGCCACAGCACUAACGACAAGAGCAAGCAUGGGCACAGCCACGCGGCAGGCAAUGGGCAUGGGCACAGCCACAAGAGCAGCCACUCGCACAGUAACGGUAACCAAGAAAACCAUUCCCAUGGAAAUGGCGACGUGGAGCAGCACAAUGGGGUGGACGGUCAGCAGCAGAAGUCGGCGGGGUCACGACCUCAGGCCAAUGCCAGCGUGCGCGCUGCCUUCGUGCAUGUCGUGGGAGACCUGCUCCAGAGCAUCAGCGUGCUGGUCAGCGCCAUCAUCAUCUUCUUUAAGCCUGAGUAUAAGAUAGCUGACCCGAUCUGCACGUUCCUGUUUUCCAUGUUUGUCCUGGGAACCACCAUCACCAUUAUGAGAGACAUCCUGCUUGUCCUCAUGGAAGGUACCCCAGCUGGAGUGAAGCACGGUGAGGUGAGGGAUCGGCUGCUGGCAGUGAAGGGGGUGAAGUCUGUCCAUAGCCUCCAUAUCUGGGCCCUGACUAUGAACCAGACGGUGCUCUCAGCACACGUGGCUAUAGAUGACAUAGUGGAUGCCCAGCCAGUCCUAAGGGAGAUGACCCAAACCUGCUUCUCCAACUACAACUUUCAUUCAGUCACCUUACAGCUGGAACAGCAGGCCGACCAGAAGCCUGGGUGUAGUCUGUGUGAGGACCCCAAAAUGUAGACACCUGUUUAAGCCCAUGGGAGAGGCCAGGAGCCCAGAGGAAUAAGGCUAAGUUAAGCUACCUAACCAGGAUUUAGUUGUAGCCUGGACACAGUCUUUUGGCGAGUGCUUGACUUGACCAGGAACAUAUUGGAACUGAUUUCUCACACCUCACAUUUGUACCGCUAGAGUUCCUACACCUUUUAUAGAAUGCGGCCUAAAAUAUUGCGGCAUUGUGGCACCUUAAUAUAAACAGCACUCCAAAUAGAAUAGAACACAACUUUUUUUGACUAUAUGUUACAGCGAACAACUUGCAGUGCAGUGUCUCUCUGGAGGAGUACCGGCACAUAUUUCAGUCCACUUCAGGCUCUGCUUUUGGCUGAUCAAUCAUGGAUAUUGGACCAGAGGGGUAGACUACAAAGCAGGUUCAAUGUUUUAGGGCUCUAUUUUCAGCUGGUGUUAAGGAGGUGCUAGUGUCAUAUGCAAGUUAGUUUGCAAUUUCAUCACGUGAAAACUGUCAGACUGGCAUCUUCCCACCCUAACGCCAGGUUUGGCAAUUUAUCCAUCUAACAUCAGCAUGCUUACGCUCAGAUGGGAGGAGUGUAAAUAUUUUAGGCGUGCCCUUAAAAACAUGAUCCAAAGUACUAAUUUCAGCCGGCACUGGCAGGGAUAUUUAAGACCGAUCAAAAGCUGGUUUUAAUGGUAACGCAGUUGGUUAUGGUAUGAAUUUUGACAGCUGAAACACAGCCUAUCCAGCCGUGACGCGCACACUGCCCACAUGAACAUGGAACAAGAUGUGAUUUGGUACCUGUAUACUUCGUAUUUAGAAACAUAAAACAUUCAUGUUUUCCCCCAUUUUAUUUGAUUAAAAACCAAGCAUAGCCUCCCCUCUCAAUGGAGGCUGUUUUCUUUUUGUCCUGCCCAAUGUAAUCAAGUAGGCUAGACAAGACCGUCGAUAAAGGGCUUGGCUCGUGAGACCGCUUGGAAAUACAUCUUAAUCACCCAAGCUUUAUUAAAAUACUGUAUCAAGUUUGAAAGGAGCAAAUCAGUGAGCUGACAUUCCCUUUUUAUCUGUGCAUUGUAGGCAGGCCUACAGUAUUUUAGCCAUGCUUUGGACGUGUGUAAGACUCCCUCCGUGAUAUAGGUUACAUGUCUCCGUGCCCAUCGUGACAGGAGAGAUGAGAUCCUCUGUGAAUAUCAGUGAACCUCAUAUUUAGAAGUUAUUUUCAUGUAACAAUUGCUUGUUUUCCAUUUCAACUUUUUUUUUUAAAUCCAAGCCCUCCACAGACUACCCUUCCCCUAGGACUACUAUAGCGAAGGCUGGUUCAACAGCAAUGCGUUGUGUGUUUUGUUUUUAUGAUGGUGAUUUUAUGAUAUCAUUACAUUUGACAUGCAUUUAUUGUUGUUGAAAAAGAAUAAAACAGAUUUCUUGCU